CGGUGUUCUUUUGGUUUCCUAUUCCUUUUCUUUUCCGUAUCUCUGAAUCACACUUAUUUCAUUUCAAUUCUGUCAAUGAUUGACUGUAAUUCGUUUGUUACCUGUUUUCCAGCUUGUCUUCGAUAAAAUGACGGACUGAUUGAGUUGAUGUUAGUUUAUAGUUCUUUUAGUUCUUGGAUCGCUUUCAUUGUCAACUCAGAUAGCUAUUAACGAGCUUACAAUUUUGAAGUUUCAGAGUUAAUGCUUGCUAGACAUUGUAUUUGGUAGUAUCAUUUUGAGGUGGGACUAUAGAGAAAUACGAAAAUGGAAAAGAAGGGGAAAAAGAAGAUUGUAAAAGACAAAGUAGAUGUUUCUAGCCAUGAUGAUGAUCUAUGCUGGUGGUUUGUUCACAAAGGAAUCGAAUCUUCAUUCCUCUCUAUUGCUGUGUUUGGGUUGUUAGUUCGCGUGGCUAUGUCAGUCCAUCCGUACUCUGGCGCUGGUACUCCACCCGAGUUUGGUGACUAUGAGGCGCAGCGGCACUGGAUGGAAAUUACACUUAAUCUUCCAGUUAAGGAAUGGUACCACAAUAGCACAUCCAAUGAUCUCAGUUACUGGGGACUUGACUACCCUCCCCUCACUGCCUACCAGAGUUAUGUUCAUGGCGUUUUCCUUAGAUACUUUGAACCUGGCUCGGUGUCUCUUUUUACAUCCCGUGGUUACGAGUCCUAUCUUGGGAAACUUCUCAUGAGAUGGACAGUCUUAUCCUCUGAUGCACUGAUCUUUUUUCCUGCUAUUUUUUAUUUUAUUCUUGUGUAUUAUCGCAAUUGUUCAAGUGGACGUAAAAGUGAUGUAGCAUGGCACAUAGCCAUUGUUCUCAUCAAUCCAUGUUUGAUCUUAAUUGACCAUGGUCAUUUUCAGAUGCUUCUGUUUCAGUAUAACUGUAUCAGCUUGGGCCUCACUUUAGGAGCCGUUGCUGCUGUUCUCUCUCAGAAAAACCUUGUGGCUGCUGUCCUCUUCUGUCUUUCUCUCAACCAUAAACAGAUGAGUGCCUAUUUUGCACCUGCAUUUUUCAGCCAUCUCUUGGGUAACUGCUUAAAGCGUAAAAAUCCUGUGCUUGAGAUUUUGAAACUUGGACUGGUGGUCUUAGGAACAUUUGCUAUCGUUUGGUGGCCAUAUCUUCAUUCAAGAGAUGCUGUUUUGGAGGUUCUUUUCCGUCUUGCUCCUUUUGAGAGAGGGAUAUAUGAGGACUAUGUGGCUAACUUUUGGUGCACUACAUCAAUUGUCAUUAAGUGGAAGAGAUUAUUCACAACACAAUCGCUUAAGUUGCUCAGCUUAAUUGUUACCAUAUUAACAUGUCUUCCUUCAAUGGUUCAACAAAUAAUGGCUCCCAGCAAAAGGGGUUUCCUGUAUGGGCUGCUGAAUAGUUCUUUCUCAUUCUACUUAUUUUCAUUCCAAGUUCAUGAGAAGUCUAUUCUGCUGCCACUUCUUCCUGCAAGUCUACUAGCUGUGGAAUUGCGUGGUCCAUUUGGGUUAUUGAUGCAUUAUGCAUUGUUUUCUAUGUUCCCACUUCUGUGUCGGGACCAAUUGAUUGCUCCAUAUAUAGCUCUUUAUGCUCUCUUCUUCCUUAUUUACUUUACACCUGGUGGAAGAAGAGAUGCUAAGAUUCAUCAUUCCACCAUGCCCACUUCCCUUUCACUUAUUUUAGCCUUUUUUUAUCUGUGCUCUCUUGUCCUUCACAUAAUUUACUUGACCAUUCGUCCCCCAGAGAAGUAUCCUUUCCUUUUCGAAGCAAUGAUUAUGCUUCUCUGCUUCUCUCACUUUGUGGUGUUUGUUUUUUACACCAAUUCAAGGCAAUGGAUGUUGUCAAGACAAGAUAAAGAAAAGAAACUAAAUUGACCUUUCUGUGUUCUAGAGAUUAGUUUUGGAUACUUGAUAAUCGAUAAUUGAUAUUUUGUAUUUUUUUUAUUGGUGGGAGCAUUGAUGUAGAGCUGGCAAAUUCAUGUGCAAGCAUUUGCUGGGGACAUACUGUUUAUGUGAACGAUUGAUCAAUUGAAGAUUCUAAUGUCUACUUAAUACAAUUAAUGUACAACAGAUUGAAUUAUCUGCAUGGUUUAUUUUCUUUUA